AUGGCGGCUGUUUCAGAACAAUGGUGUAUUUCAACAAGAAUUUUUCUUAUUCUGGUUAUUUUAUCGACAUCUGCCAACGUCCAUGGCUGGGAUUCUAUUGAUCUUGAAUUAUUUGACCUUGUGGAAGAAGUCAAAGAUAAUUUUUAUGGUGUUUUAGGCCUUAAACAAGUGAGUACAGUAAUUUACUUCGGUUGGCUCUGACCACAAACUGGUCGUAUAUUGUUCGGAUAAAAGCUCUCUUUUUACCAUGUGACUAUUUUUACUGGACCCGUACACCGACGUGUGUUUGCUAUUCAUACGGGAUUCUGACUAUAUUGUUUAGAGUUAAGCACUGACAAUACUGAUUAGGGUUAAGCACUGAAAAUAGUAUUCAGGGUUAAGCACUGACUACAUUGAUUACUUUUAAACACUCACUGGAAACGGUAAGCUUCUUUUUUAGGGUUAAGAAUGUUGCUAUAUAUACUGAAAUCAAAGCAUCCACUACAUCGCUAGGCAUUGAAAUACCUAGUGAUGUAAUAAGGUAAUCGCCAGCAGUCGCUUAGGCCCUCUUCAGGGGUUUACUUACAUGUAUGUCCCUGGUCUAAAUUUCAGAACGGGUCAUUUCGCCUUUUGAGGAGGAGACCAUAUCGCUGUCAGUAUUCACUAUUGUUUUUGCUAUUGUCUUUGUCGCUGUCACAGUUUCAUCCCAUCUUCAUGUCGUUUGGCGCCGUUUCAAGGCCAUGUCUCUUGUCAAAUUUUACCCUAACAGGGCCUUGUAACUACACCCCGGGUUCGAAUCAAUUGUCUCGGGUUUGCAUAACUGUCUCGAAUUCUCCCAAACCCACUCUUGUUUAUAUCAGGCUAUGCAAACACGGAAAACAUUUUCUAUUGCUCAAAUGAAUGUGGCACUCCCCUCACCCCCUUAAUUUAUUUGGGCAUACAGAACUCACUGCAAUAAUUUACUGGAGUGAUUGCUAAACAACAGCUUCCCAGUGGGCAAUUACCUACUACCGAAAGCAACCUUUAUUGAAUCUUUAGGUAUAAAAUUUUAUUUUUUUAUAUUGUAUUUUUAGUGAACACCUUUCCACCUUACUCAUUCCAUAUAAAAUACUGUUUUUGUUGAUAAUGAUGAUAUUGAUUUCUUCUGCAGGAUGCAAGCCAGGCAGAUAUCAGAAGAGCGUAUCGUAAACUUUCUCUUCAGUUACAUCCUGAUAAAAACAAAGAACCUGACGCUGAAGUCAAGUUUAGACAGGUAAAAUAAUGUAGAAAGUAUGAAUACAUCAUAUGACUCUGAAAGGAUGAACUGUAUUUUUAUUUUGUUUUUUAUUUUUAUUUUUAUCACAUGGAAAAGCCACUAGUAUGGAUUUUAGAGACCAGGUCUAAAAACAGAUGUGAAAAUUGGGCAAGGGUUGUUGGCUUUAUAUGUGACGACUUUGCUAAAAGAUGCCACUUCUGAUUUUGUAUAAAAAGUAGUGCUCUGCACAUGGGCAGAAUCUACUAAAACCACAGACAAAAUUUUACAAUGAAUUUGAUAAGUCCAUUCCCUGCAAACAGAGCAAAAUUUUUGAACAGUCGGUUACAUGAACACAACAUGUCAAAUUUUUCAGUAAGUUAAAAUUCCUCAAUUAUCUUGUGAAUGUAGCCAAACAUAUUUUAUUGAUAUUGCUGUUACUUUUACCUGAUAUCACACUUGUUUAAAUGUUGAAAUUAAAUGUUAAUUUUGUCAUUUUCCCUAGCUUGUUGCAGUCUCAGAGGUUCUUAGAGAUGAAGAGAAGAGGAAGAGGUAAAAUCAGUGAUAUCAUUAUUAAAUUUGUUCAUGUUAUCACUAUUAUUUUGUUUAAAAAUAUCAACUUACUUUUGUCUUUUGGUUGAGUGUGAUAUUUAAUUUCAAACAAGACAUACAUCUAGCCACAUUUUAAGUAAGGAUUAAAUAGAAAUUAUUUGUCAGACAACAAGCACGAAGGAGCAAAUCAUGAAUAAUAUAUAAUUAUGAUAAAUGAUCAAUAUAACAAAUAAUAUUCAGGGUUUGCAAAUUUAUUGAUGGGUGAACUCAGUGUAAGUUCUGCUUUGCAAAUUUUGGAGUCAUUAUGGAAGAUUUGGAGUCAAGUAACACAUUGAAAAACGAAAAAUAAGCAAUUGAAUUUUAUUGCACCUCCAAUUCCCAUGUGACUCCCCGUCGACUGAGCUGUCAGAUUUCCUCCAAUCAACACGAAGCGCAAACUAGCGCGAAUAUGUGCCAAUCAGCAUUCAGCAUUUUGUACUGACUUUUUCAAUGCAGAUAUUCAAAUUGCAGAGACGUAGCUGCAAGCUCUCCUUCCUUUUCUUGCCCUGCCGCCAGAGUGCCCCAGAGAGCUUCCUUCCGCUCUGUGGUCAAGCUAAUCCUGUGUAGCUAUAAAGAAGAAUCGUUAAUUUUAUGAUUAUAAAAGCACUUUAUUUUUACUUUGGUGAAACAAGCAAAUAUCCACCAUUUUUAUUUUUUGAAUUCUAGAAUCCAGAUUUGUUCCUUCCGGAACAAAAUAACUUUUUGUAUUUUUAUGCUAAUAAGAAUGAUUUCAGCAACUUUAUACGAACAUGUAGACUAACUCUUCCCUUAGAUAUGACAUCAUUUUACGUGAUGGACUACCUGACUGGCGCCAGCCUGUGUUUUACUAUCGACGAGUGCGUAAGAUGGGACUCAUUGAAUUUGGCCUGUUAAUAUUCCUCAUAUUAACAAUAGGACACUACAUUGUUGCCUGGUCAAUCUACCUGGAGAAGAAAUUUGAACUGGUAUGUAAAAUGUUGAUCUUUCAUAUUUUGAUUAAUUUUAUUUCCUUUGUUUGCUAUCCAGCCUUCACCACAGAUGGCACUAUGCUUCUCAUUUGAUCCGUCUGUGAAGUAGUGCGGAAAUCCUUGUUCUGGGCCCUCACCUGUUUACCUGGAUAUGAGUAUCGGUCAUGAUUGGCCUGUUCAACAUCCCAUUGUCAAUUUGCCGAAAAGGUUGAAGAGAACUUGAAAACAAAUUUCUGGUGAUUCGAUGAGUCUGUUGGGAGCCCAUAAUUGACUAGAACAAGGAUGGCAGUGCCACUUCACAGAUGUUACUAACUGGGGUUAGAUAUAUGUCCUUAACACAGGCUAUGAACGCUUUAAACCCUAGGAUCAAAAUUAAAAAUUCUCAUUUUUCGUCCUUAUUCAUUUACUAUAGAAUUAGUGGGAAGAAGUUGUUAAAAUAUCAAGCAAAUUCAUCUUGUGUGAUCAUGUCCUUAAUUCUCAUGACCACUCUAUUUUACAAAGCAUUGUUAUUACAAGGAGAAUUUUGAUGCCGAUCACUCUUAGGGUUUAAAGGGUUAAGCUAUCCUAUAUCAAAACAAUUUUUAUCCCUUAAAUUUUGUAACACGAAAACUUCUUGAUCUAUUUAUUGAUUGAUUGACCGAUUUGGGCUUCCUCACCAUGUUUCCCUCUUUCGUGCCCAUUAGUUUUUUUGUCAUACAAGACAGGGGACUCUGUCUCUUUCUGCUCCAAUGUCAUUCCUAAGCUCUUCUCUCCCUCUGGCUCUGGGGGCACAUUUAGUUUUGUUAUUAUUUUAAGACUAUCCUUAGGCAUUAAAACUGUUUCCUGUAUCUGUUAGAAGGGUGGAAUGGCAAGGAUAGACAUGGACUGAGACCUGGAAAAAGUUGGGCCAAAUUUAUCAAGUUACCAGCAAAAAUUGGCAAAAAAAUGUUAUUUUUAGUACGCUCAGAUGAAACUUGUCUGAUACAGUCAAACCUCCACUAACGCCCACCUCUCCACAACGGCCACUUUUUUCGUGCUGGCGCACAGAAAAUCCAUACAUUGUCUCUUGUUUAAAACCUAUCUACAAUGGCCACUUUCUUCUGUCCCCAAGGUGGCUGUUGUAGAGAGGUUCAACUGUAUCUUCUUCAUAACUCUCUCUACAGGAGCAUUUUGUGUAUGGAACGGGAGGGGGCUCUGCCUUAAGGUCCAACCCCUUGCCCUUAUAUACCAUUUUUAAGAGAAAAGGUAGCCCUUUCAUACCCUUUAUUGACAAAUGGUACCCCUUUCACAUGCUAGUUUGGAACUGUGCAUCCCUUUUAACUGCCAUAAAUGCACCGUCUUUUUUAAGUACACUGUAUGAUUAAAUCACUAAACCAGAAAGUUCUUUCAACUUUUUCACAGCCAUAAAAUGCGCUCGUUAGCCGUUUUUGGUUUUUUUACAGACCGAAGUGGCAGAUUUCCGUACCCUUUCCUAUACUUCAAUGAAUGAAAUCCCCACCCUUUGAUAGACAUGUGCCUAAAAGUUGAAAAAGGUACUCUUUCAAACGGAGUGGAGCCCCCUCCCCUCCCCCCCCGCUCCUCGGCGGUAUAGGCCGUUAUAAGGACCACAUCCCUUCCGGACUUUACACUCACGAAACACUGGGAGACACAGAUUAAAAUACAACCCGGAUAAGCAAUAAUCGGCCUUAGAGCCCCUCUACCCAGAUGCUAGCCUCCCCGCAGACGUCCUUUGGGGUUCGUUUGUCACGCAUUCAUUUCUCCCCCGUGGGGGAGAAAUGAAUGCGUGACAAACGAACCCCAAAGGACGUCUGCGGGGAGGCUACCCAGAUGCACAAUUCGCACUAAAUUCUCUGGGAAACGUUUUUUUUCUUGUCAGGAAGAACUGCUGUUUUCCAAAAAGAAGAAAGAAGACAAGAAGCGGAACAAGAGCAAGUUAAAAUCCAAACUAACUGAUGAGGAUAUUCCGGAUCUAGCAGAUAUGUUGGGUAAGAAACUCUUCAAAGUUGUUCUUGUUCUCUUAAAGGUAAUUCUUGGUUUGCAACUACUUGACAAGGCGGGCCAUGAUGUUGCGAGACCAAACAAGGCUAGUUUUUUGGCACAACUUUCAUGACAAAACAGUUUAGUUCACAGGGGAGGGAAAUGAUUGUUCUUGUCAGCCAACAUGGCCGCCGUAAAGUCCACUGCAAACCGGCAAUUCGUCCUUUUUCCCUUUGUUCCUCUGUCUGUUUCAGUUCAAGAGGUAGGAGUAACGAAGCCCACGCUGUUUGAUCUUCUGCCGUUUAAACUGGCCCAGAUGACGGUUCGGUUUGUUAAGUCUCUACCCGAACGAUAUCAAGUUCUGUUGGAAUACUGGGAAGAAAAAAGGAAAGAAAAAAUAGAAGAGGAGGAAACUGAAGAAGAAGACGAGACAGACGGUAAUUAAUGCAUCCUCGUGUUCUUUUACAUUAAUUUGCCCGGAGGCAGUUAAGUCAAGGUGGUGCUUGCGUGUAGCGGCACCUUCCUCCACCCCCGCGGAGUAAACGGAGGGGGAAGAGUGGGUGCGUCUUCUCACAAGCUACCCAGAUGGUUAACGCAUUGGAUUUGCAUUGCGGAGGUACCAGUUUGGAGUCCCGCUUCGAGCGUUUCCUGGAUUUCAUUUUAUUCUUUCGGCACACAUAAGCUUAAAGGGGAUAAAGGGGUCUGGGGCGACUUUCGUAUCGGCGCAAGUUCACCCCAGUUUCCUCUCUGCCAUACCGCAAUUGGAGAAGCUACUACCCUUUUAUCAGCCACCUUACGAUGCGACAAGGGCGACGUCCAUGAAAACUUCGCUGAAAAAUAGACUCCGCAUCCUUUCAAACCAUUUCGUGAUUAUCCCAGGUCGCCCAGUUACUUAAAAGAAGGGAGUUUAGGUUGGAGCUGAAGAGACUGGGCCGCGCCCGAGUUCAGACAGAGAUGCUAGAAUUUAUCGCCUUGCCGUUCCCGUCCUCAUUUGGUCAUUUCACGUCGUAGUCGUGCACGGACGGCAAAAAAAAGUACAAAAAAAGCGUGAUGCUCGUGCAGAGUUGUAGUUUUGCUAACUAAACCUAUUGCUAUUUGACGUUUGAUCGUCGUAGUUUUGUAACGUCCCUAUUUCUUGUGUGCACGCCAGGGUCUUUUCCAUUACGACAGGAUGUUAGGAGGACAGUCUAGGGACGCGAGGAAGUUAUGUUUCAAUUUGACCAGUGUAAUGAAUAAUUUCUCGCUUGCUUUGACGCUACGUUUUAAGUUCAGUGUCAGUUAAGGGAAUUGAAACCAUUUUUUCCCGCUCAUUUUCGGCAUCCUACUAAUGAACAGUUACUACAUUAGUUUCGAUAUUUGCAAAAGCAAAAAGAGUUACUCAUAGACUGUUCCCUUCAAAUUUUCAUGAAUAAUUUCUAUCAUGAUAUUAGAGAUUUAGAGUGACAUUUUCGGAAAACGACAAUCGUCAGAUUCAAGCUGAGAUUUCUCAAAAUAGAAAACGUGCAGCUAAGAAAAGCCCAAAAAAAUUGUUACAGACAAAACAAACCUGAAGCUACUAAUUUUGGAGUGGAAGUAUUUCUGUAAUAAGGAGUAAAACACAAGUUAAGGGAAAACUUGGCCACGUGAUACAAAUUCCCGUUUGCCGUUUGUCGUAAAUGUGACUCUAUUAGGGAGCUUAAGCAGCGACGUUUUUGAGCGACGCACGUCAAUCGGAAGUGAGGUAUUUUCCCUCUUAACAUGCCUUGAUGAUAUAAAAGUUCUAUUCCUUAGUUUCUCUACUGUUAUAGAGGCGAUUUGACUGAAAAUUUGCGCGAAACCACCGUCAAAAAAAUGAAAAAAGGCCACUUCCGGUUGACGUGCGUCGCUCAAAAACGUUGUUGCUUAAGCUCCCUAUUGUCGCGGACUUUUUCGGCCUUUUUUCGCCAUUCAUGAAAGAGACUGAUACCCGUGCUUUGUUUUCAAUUUGCUAUAGAUCAACCUGCAAGACCGAGAAGAAGACAAAGGGUAAAUGUUCCUCAAGAAGACGCUGAUGAUGCCAACUGGGAAGGCGCACCUGUAUCAAAUGUAACAAAUGCAAUCGCGGAGAACGACAAGCAAAAUGAUGCAGUAAAGAAGGUAUUGAAUGUGAUUUGUAGUGUAGGGAAGAUAAUCUAGAAAUUAAAAGUGGGCUACAUGAUUUUCCCAUAAAUUCGCCCCUUGUCAGGGAAUCCAAAACUGUCUUAGAUUUCCGAAAGAUCGAGCACGUUACGGUCUAUCUCUACUGUUUUUUAGAAAUAAAAUCCUAUUAGCCCGUGGAAAUGUUUCAUUAUUUAAACACGAUAAAAUUUUUACAAUUUGCACACAAUGAAAGUAGACAGUGCCCAGAUAUCCAGUGUCCGUAAAGCAGGGUUGGCGAUAUACGAGAGCUUGUGACGCGGGACGCAGUAAAGUGUCCGUUGUCCGUAUUUAGCGGGUUUAUUCUACAGAAAAUAAAGCUACCAGCUUUUCGUCGGGACAAAGGGAACUGUCCGUUAUAGACGGCUGUCCGUAUUAAGCUGGUGUCCGUAGAGCGGGGUUCAACUGUGUGUACUCAACUUUAAGCAGCUGCGAAAAGGAAGCCUAAAAUUUUUACAAGUGUAAUUUACAAGUGUAGCUAAUGUUUUCGGACCCUAAAACAACAGUUGCGGUUACACUGGACACUUUUACCGUGGUAAAUGACCCUUUUACCGCGGUAAGUUGGCGUGGUGCGUGUGACCGGACUUUCCCAAGAUAAAUGUACCAUAGGAAAUAUCCAUGGUUACGUUAUAAAGAAAAAAGAAACCGAAUUCGCAAAGUGACCAGCUCCAGCAAUUUUUCAACAUUGUUAACUUCCCCUUUGGUGAACAAUUUUUUUUUAAUCUUAGACAACGUCGUCUUGUACAACUCAACAGUCAACCGAAUUUCGAGAAAAAUUAAGCUGCAACUGAGGACAAUAUUGAGGACAAGUCGUUACGUCACGUUGCCAUUGUAGCAAAAUUUCUGAAUGACAACAGACCGCAAACGUCACUUAAAAAGUGCAUUUGCGCUGCUUCAAACUUCAUCGAUCCUAUUCAGUUUCGUUUCAAAUGUUGUCAAAUGUUGGCGAAAUUUUCUGGAGUUGAAUCCGAAAGGAACGUAUCUAAGUUUAGAAAAAGAAUAAGGUUUUGUUCACGUACUCCAUAAAGCGAGCGCGUAAAAUUAGGACGUUUCAUGUUGCAGUCGUGCAAAGACGGCUAAGAAAUGUGCAAAAAAGCGUUAUGCAUGUACAAAGAGUAAAGAGUAGGGCACGUAGUGCCCGGUGUAGUGGUCUAUCUCACUUUCACACUCAUGUAUGGGGGCAUCAUCACUCAUUCCUUCAGUACUUGUAAACUGCACCUUAAGCAGUCUGGCAAAGUCCCCCAACCAGUGUUGUAAAUUAUCCCUGAAAAGCCCUGUGGGGAGUGGAUAAUAAGAUAUUUACAAUGUACAAAGUUGUUGUUUUGCUAACUCAGCGAUUUUUGCCGUUCUCUUCGCCGUGAUCGUCGUCGUUGCUUAAGUUCCGAAUUAGGUGACGUCACACUUCUCUCUGAUGCUUUGUGGAACAAAGCUGUAAGAUUCGCACUUUGAAAUAUCAUUUUGUGUUGUUACAGUCAGGUGAGUGGACGGAUUACGAUCAGUCUCUUCUUACCCGCGCCAUGAUCAAAUUUCCUGGAGGAACACCUAAUCGCUGGGAAAAGAUAGCAGUGGAAAUUGGACGAUCGGUAGAGGAGGUUAGUCAAGUGUCCCGGCGGAAUGGGUGCGGGAAAGCCAUCGGUCGCUAUCGUUAAUCAAAAAGCAGCACGCAGAAGUACUUAGAAUUUUACAGUUAAACAUUCUUGCACAGACAAUUAAGAUAGGUCCACCUCGUAUAAAUCUUAUUCCAGAAUGAUGGCAAAGAGGCCAUUUCCGAGUUCGCCUGGGCCUCUGUUUCAAAACGAGGUUAAGUGCUCAGCCUUUGAUAUGGAAAUCAUUUUUCAUUCUCACGCAAAUAAAACUAAUUUCCACAAGAAAGGUUGUACACUUGGCCUCAUUUUGGAAGUGAGGGUUUUUGGAACUUUGAAGUGGCUUAUUAAGUUAUCCCUCUGAAAUCCUGUUCGAUAUGUUAAAAUUCUAACAUGACUCCAAGGCUUUCUGGUCAUAUUUCUAUAUCUGGUUUGGGUUUCUUUCUGCUCAAGUCUCCUCUGGGAAUGGCGAGUGAAGUCGAGUCGUGAUAAAUUUGCCAUUUUGUCCGUAAAGCCUCGGAGUCAUGUUAGAAUUUUAACAUAUAGAGCGUGGGCUAUUGGUCCUCGAUGCCUCGUUUCAAGGUAACAGUUCUUGAUUUUGUCCUUUUGAUCAGUUGAUUUUUUGCUGGUUUCCAUAACCAGUCUCCUCCACUAACUAUGCUAAAAUAUUUAACAAUUUAGGUCACAAAACAAAUGAAGAAGUCAAAACAGUCCUAUGGAGCUCCUGUUCACCCAGCUAAUGCAGGUAAAAAAAUUAAGGGUGAUUUUCCACCGGCUGAGAGUAACAAAAUAAGGGGAAAAUGCUUUACUCACACUCCUCUGGGGGCCUGGGUAUAGGUCAUGUGACCGAAAGGCGGGCAAUUGCUUUUGUUGCGUCUGCCAUUACUUACCUUCCCACCCUAAGAUUUCAGUUUUGUAGACUGUUGUAAAUGUAAUAUACAACUUUGUAAAUUCGUUAGUGUUCCACCUUUCUAGGGGUAUGUUAUGUGUACAUUUUUAUGAAUUUGGAAUAAACGUCAGGCUGCGGCGGUGGACUUGGCAGGCUACCAGUGGUUUGUGAGAAAAAGAAAUUUAGCACGAACAGAGAGUACGAUAACACCCUACCGUGGUGAUGUUGUUUUUCAAUAUCAGAGCACGUGGUGUCAACACUUGAGAUCUGUUUCUCUCAAAUUUCGUCCAUUGCACGUACAUAUAAGUGAAUGUAUGCACCUAAUUGCAAUAACGUUGUCUUAGUAGUGAAUAUGCUGAAAAGAAAAAUCGUAAAAGUAAAAAGCCAAAUAGGAAUUAACUAGCUUUGGUCAUAUUACUGAUGAGCACCUUAGGGUGCAUUUAUUUGCAGCAUAGGCGUUUGUAAGGCGUAAAAGCAAAUGCAAUUGCAACGGUUGUACUCAUAUGAUGCACGUGCAUGGAUGAACCCUAAUAGUGGUUUAUUAAUUAUUUAUUCAUAUUUCGGUUUUUAAAAUGUUCAUUUUUCUUUUUAGCAUUUUCCUAUGACAAAGUUAUCACGAUUAGAAGUAAUUUAGAACAAAAAUAAGGAACCGCCUUUUUUAAAAACCUCACGGGAUAAAAGUAAUGACCGACCAAGGGGGCAAGCAAUAAAAUUUCUUUCUUCAUAUCACGUUUUAAGACUCCACUCUGAUGAGGGCUGACGUCUUAGCCAAACCUCAGUAUUUUAAACUUUGAAUUUUAUUUAUUUCUUGAACCAAAGUGGCUUUUUUGUUGGUUAUCAUUAAUUUUUCCAAAUUAUCGGGAAAGUAAAGAUGGAAGGGAAAGAAAGAAAGAAUCGUAGUAAAGUUUUAAUAACUUGCUCCUUCUAGGAAGAAAUGUUUUGUAUCAGUGAGGGUAGGCUUUUAAAUCGAAGAGAACUAUAAUUCCAAAACUACGGAGAACAAUACAGGGGCUUUUUUAUAUUCUGAAUAAAUCUAUAAUGCCUCCUAGCUAGAUCUAGAUCUAGCUAGGUGUUGAUCUAGGAGGCCUGUACCUUAGAUAAGUAGCAUUGUCUUUUUUAAUGUCUUUUUUUCUGUGUGUGGUACAAAUAAGGAUCGUGUCUUGGCUUUUCUCGUCUUGUCUUUUCCUUUAGCUGAAAAAGCUUUGUUGUGUUGGCUUCACCCAUCCAAGUUUUUUGUCUUGUCUUGUCUUGCGUUGUCCUCUAGCUGAAAAUGCUUUGUUGUAUUAGCUUCUUAUACGUUUCUCGGAAACUGCCCUCCUACCCCUCCCCUAAGCCAACAUUAACGCCUACUCCUCUUCUCCAGGUGGAGGCGACUUGAGCACAUUAGUCAUGAACAAAAAGAAAGCGAUUGUGAGCGACGAGUGUUUGUCUCAAGCCGACGAAUGCUACAACUUUGGAAGUAACACGGGUCCAAAUCACAACAGAACAGCAAAGAAAAAACAGACCGGGAAAAACGCUGUAGAUAAGCCCGCAAGUCAGGUAACCGCUGGAUCAACGGAUAGCAAGAUAGGAGAAACGCUGGAUGGUGUGGAGACUAAGGCGAGUACAAAAGAAGAUGGCGCUGCUUGGAGCCAGAAUCAACAGAAACAGCUGGAGCUUGCUCUUCAACAGUUUCCUAAAACAGUAGCAGACAGGUGGACUUGCAUAGCACAGGCGGUUCCUGGUAAAACCAAGGUUGGUUUUUGUGGUGAAUCUGUUAACGGGUGUUUGACAAUUAUUCCUCGAGCCCGAAUGGGCUCUGAGUCAAUAACCCAUGAGGCCGAAGGCCGAAUUGGCUAUUGACUCAGGGGACAUGAGGGCGAGAGGAAUAAAUGUUUUAGUAAAAUCAAACUAGUUGGUCAAAAAUAUCGAGAAUAAAAAAAAAUUAGCUACUUAAAGCUAGACUUUAAUCCUUUUUUGCAGCCAAAAAGCCGGCGCUUUUCGUUACUAGAGGGCUACAACAUAAUUUUAUAGCCUAGUAGUAGCUCACCCAAUGAGAACGCAGCAUUGAUAAUAGACCACAAGCUGGAUUUUACUAAUAGUGUUUAUUUAAAAUAUUUCUUUGUCUCUGGUUAGCUUUUAUCCCUCUGCUAAUUCUUGAUUUUCAACUAGCGCUCACAAAGUUGCUCGUCUGACGUUCACAUGCGCUUUAAUGCCUGUUUACGCCAGUCGAGCAAUUUUCUCCAGCAAGCCUCGUUUUGAAAUUGCAAAGUUGACGUUUUGCAAAAAUUAGGGACCUUAAGCGAGGACGACGACGGUAAUGAAAACGACGGUAAAAAAUGAACUGUUUGCGUUCUUUCAAACGUAAUCGCGUCUAUGUGGAGCCGCUCAAUAUGACAAAUGCAGGCGACUCCUUCCUGGAGUUGAAUUCGUAAUUCGUCGUAUGUCCAUGUCCUCCAUGAAACGUCAAAUUAGGAGGUCUCACGUCGUAGUCGUGUAGUGGACGUCAAAGAAAUGUACUAAAAGGCGUGAUGCCCGUGCAGAGCUGUUGUUUUGAUCAUUAAACCUAUUUUUUUCUUGAAGUCGUCGUUGUGGUCGUCGUCGUAGUUGCUUAAGCUCCCUAUUGAGACGAGGACGGCUACACAGGAAAAAAUAACGGAUUCCCAUUUUUGGAUAUUUUGGAGUAUUUAAAGAAUACCCACAAAAAUCCCAAAUUUGGAAGAGUUAGACAAGUCCCAAUCUGGGAACUUGGUUGGGAAUUGCCUGGUUGGGACUUGUCUCACUUUGCCAAAUUUGGGAUUUUUAUGGGUAUUCUUUAAAUACCCAAAAAUAUCCAAAAAUGGGAAUCCGUUAUUUUUUCCUGUGCUACGAGGACAAGUUAUAACUUUUUUUUGUUUUUUUGUUUUUUUCUGUUUUUCUUUCCCGUACGCUUAAAAUAUUGGCACCCCGGAAAGAUUCAUUGCACUUUUUUCCUCCAAAAACGUUAGUGAGGUUAUUUUUAUUGAAGGAGUUAAAGACGGAAUCCACCAAGAAAUUGAGUAUAUAAUUUUAUUUUUCAGUGGACAAAAACCUUGUGCCAGAAUAAUUUAAAGAAUAUUGCAAUCUUUCAGUUUGCAUUUUUCAAGGGCUAUAGAUGUAAUUAGUUAUCUGUAAUAACACCAAAGGAAAGUUCUUGUGGGAACCCGAGAAAACAAAUUUCAAAUUUCACAAGAAUCGUGAAAACGCAGGCAAAAUUCUGAAAAUUUCUUGUGCAAGCUGUCAUUUUGUGAAAUUUGACAUUAAAUUUGUUUUCUCGGGCUCCCAUUAGAAAUUUUCUUUGGUGCUAUUUCAGAUAACUAAUAACAUCUUUAGCCCUUUAAAAAUGUAAAAAAUAGAAUGCAGUAUGCUUUAGAUUAUUCUGGUACAAUUACUCAAUUUCCUGAUGGAUUUCGUCUUAAGCCCUCCCCCGUUUGCAAAAUGAUAAAACUUCUAGCAUUUGCUAACUUGUUUUCGUCACUACGAAAUUGGUAGAAUGACGACGGCUAUCACGUUUUCCCGCCAAAAUGACUGGUUCACGCGCAAGCACCACUUAGUAUUGAAGAAAAUCUCGUUCUCGCGGUCGUUCUCGUCUAAGAAUCUAAAGGUCUCAUUAACCUCUCUUGUUAUAACUUAACUGCUCCCAAAAGAACUUGUCCGACCAUACUAGGUUUCAAAUAAAAUGGUCGGGCCUUUUGAUACAACUCUAAUCAUUCAUUAAAGUUUAACUUUAAUAUAUUGUUUCUUUGCAGGAAGAGUGCAUUUUGAGGUAUAAAUUUCUUGUGGAAUGCGUACGAAAGAAGAAGCUGGCUGAACAGCAAUAACGGUUUGAAAUGAAAAAUGCAUAUUUAUUAAGAAUUAUUUUUCAGUAAUUUAUUGACAAAGGAUACCUCAGAUGUCUUGAGCAAUAUUUUAUGAUAUGACAAAAAUGUAUUGCGAGAAUCUUAUAUUUUUGUAGCUAAGAGAUAUAAAUAUCUGUUUAUGAACAUGCCAUAACAUUGCUAAGAUUAAGCGUUAUGCAGUCAAUUAUUUCGCAGAUGGGACAAUCCAAAUGUUACGAAAAAAAGUAUGCGAUGAUUAGAUACCAAGGCUGAGAAUGCUGCUAUUUGAAACUUGUAGCUUUUUAGGUUUUUGUACGACUUAACCUUCAAAUUUCAUUGCCAUCAAUAAAUUGACGAGA